AUGACAGAUCACUCGGAUAUCCGUGUUGUGGUCGGUUUAGAUUUUGGAACAACUUACUCGGGAUUUACUUAUUGUCACGUAUCUGAUGACAAUAACCUUGUUACUAAUGAUCAAUGGCCUGGCGAGAUAGGUCAAUUAAAAACAAAUACGGUACUUCAAUAUGACGAACAUUAUAGAAAUGUUGAAUCAUGGGGAUAUCCAGCGUUAUCGAAACGUCCAAAUAAAAAAAAGAAAACUAAAAAUGGAUCAAAUCCUGUUGAAUUGUUUAAAUUACAUCUGGGAAAACUGUUAGACAAUCUCAAGCCGGAACUGCCAGUAAAUUAUAAGAAAGCUAUUACUGAUUAUUUUCGAGAAAUUGGAGAGUUGAUUAAGGAAAUGGUUACAACUCAUUGGUCCGGAAUUGAUUUCUUAGAGAAUGUUCUUGUUGUUAUAACCGUUCCUGCGGAAUAUUCAGAGAAAGAUAAAGCGAUUAUGAGAGAAUGCGCAUAUGAUGCCGGACUUAUUAUAGAAAGGGAAUCGAAAAAUUUACAAUUUACUACAGAACCCGAAGCUGCUGCGAUUUAUUGUAUGGAGAAUAAUUUAAAAGUAAAUAAUCUUAAUACUCCCGGAACUACUUUCAUGAUAGUCGAUUGUGGCGGUGGCACAGUAGACUUGACAACACGAAAAUUAUUGGAUGAUAAACAACUAGGUGAAGUUACUGAACGAGCUGGGGACUUUUGUGGAAGUACAUUUAUUGAUAAGGAAUUUCUCAAAGCUUUACGCAAAAUUCUUGGAGACCGUGCAAUUGAUUUAUUAAGAGAUAGUCAUUAUGGACAAAUGCAAUAUAUGAUUCAGGAGUUCUGUCGCCAUGUUAAAUUACCAUUCACUGGUGAUAAGUCCGAUUUUACUAAUUAUGAAAUGGAUCUUGAAGAUGUAGUUCCUGUUGUAAUGCAAUAUGUAACUGAAGAAGUGCAAGAUAAGAUGGAAGAAACUGAUUGGGUAAUAGAAUUUGGAUAUGACGAUAUCAAAUUAAUGUUUGAUCCCAUUGUUGAAAGAAUUAUCAAUAUGAUACAAAUGCAACUUGAUAACACUCGAGAAACAUGUUCUGCAAUGUUUUUGGUGGGAGGGUUCAGUCAAUCUAAAUAUUUACAAAAAAGAAUCAAAGAAAGAUUUCAACACCGAGUAAAUAGUAUUUCUGUCCCUUUAUAUCCAAUUGCAGCAAUAUCACGUGGUGCAGCUUUAUAUGGAUUGAGUAUGAUAAAUUCAGCACACAAUUUAAACAGAAUGAAUUCUCUCAAAUUCGUAAUAAAUGAACGUAUAUUAAAAUAUACUUAUGGGAUUAGAGUAAGCCGUGAAUGGAAAGAAGGAGAUCCAAUUGAAAGAAAACUUCCUAGUGGACGUAUUUUUAAAUUUCGUAGUAUGGCGCGAAGAGGAACCGUAGUAAAAGUCAAUCAAGAAUUUACUUCAGUGCAAUUGCCAGUAUUCCCAACUCAAAGUGCUAUCAACUUUCAUGUUUAUUAUACGACUGAAUAUAGCGCCCAAUAUUGUGAUGAAAAUGGGAUGGAGAAACUUGGAAAUCUUUUAAUUUCUCUUCCUGAUGUCCAUCUUGGGAAAGAUAGACCCGUAUUGUUUGGAUUAACAUUUGGGCGAAUGGAAAUAACUGCUACUGCUAAGAAUAAACUUAAUGGACAAAAUUAUCAAACUACUCUAAAAUUAGAUAUAUGA